AUGCCCGCUGCCACAAAGAAGGCUGUCGAGAAGAAGGCGAAGAAGGUGAGCCGCAAGAGCCCCGAAUACUCGACGGUGCGCAAGAGUUGCAAGCCCGGGACCAUUGCCAUCAUUCUUGCUGGUCGUUUCCGUGGCCGCCGUGCUGUCAUUCUGAAGCAGCUGCCCAAGAAUGGGCCACUGGUGAUCUCUGGGCCGAUGAAGUACAGCGGUGUUCCUAUUCGUCGCAUUGACUCGCGCUACAUUAUUGCGACGUCGACGAGGGUGGACCUCACGGGUGUCGACACGAGCGCCAUCACCCCUGAAAUCUUCAAGCGUGAGAAGAAGGAGAAGCGGGUGAAGUCUGAGGGCGAGUUCAUGGGUGACAAGGACAAGAAGAAGGCGGAGAGCAAGGCGAAGAAGACUUCCAAGGCCGCACCGAAGGGAACCGUCAGCGAUGAGCGUGCCCAGCUGCAGAAUGCGAUCGACACUGCGCUUAUUCAGGCGAUCAAGAAGGAUCCACUGGGUAAGGAGAUGGCCGGGUACUUGCACUCCGUCUUCACUAUCAAGCCGGGUGAUGCUCCGCACCGCCUGAAGUGGUAA